CGCCACUCUCAACACUGGGGGGAAAUUUUGUUGAAUACCUGGAUCCUACACACGCACAAGUUUUACGUUUCGUAAAUGUACGUCAUUGACAGCUAACAUUUCAACUCGGACAAGCCUCGUGCCCUAUCGAUGUUAAACGCUACAACUCCAUCGACGAUGGAUCAGCACUCGUGAGUUUAUCCACAGUAGAAAUUGAUCAUUGACAGAUCACUAAAUUUUACGAGACAAUGUUGUAGAAACUGUUCAUUGACAGAUCACUAAAUGUUACAAGGCAAUGUUGGGGAAGUUGUUCAUUGACAGAUCACUAAAUGUUACAAGGCAAUGUAAAAAAUUUCAUCGACAGAUCAUUAAAUGUUACAAGGCAAUGUUGUGUUAUAAAUUGUUCAUCGACAGAUCACUGAAUGUUACAAGACAAUGUUAUGGUAGAAAUUGUUCAUUGACAGACCACUUAAUGUUACAAAACAAUGUUGUGGUGUAAAUUGUUCAGUGACAGAACACUUAAUGUUACAAGACAAUGGUGUGGUAGAACUACUUCAUUCAUUGAUCACUCGAUGUUACCACGUGGUUGUGACAAUUAAUGUAGCGGUUGUAUUUAAACAUCACAAUCUGGUCGAUUUCUUAUGUAGAAAGGAUUUGGUGUACGUCCCGGUUAAGUUUCAGAUUUCAGAAAACAAAUAAAAAAUAUAUUUUUUAAUGUAGUAUUGAUCAUGAAAUAUUGUUUGCGGUCAAAACUUUUUCGCUUCUACAAUGGCUUUGGUGUUUUUGUCCGCCUCCACCAUGUCUUUGGUGUUUUUGUCCGCCUCCACCAUGUCUUUGGUGUUUUUGUCCGCCUCCACCAUGUCUUUGGUGUUUUUGUCCGCCUCCACCAUGGCUUUGGUGUUUUUGUCCGCCUCCACAAUGGCUUUGGUGUUUUUGUCCGCCUCCACAAUGGCUUUGGUGUUUUUGUCCGCCUCCACAAUGGCUUUGGUGUUUUUGUCCGCCUCCACAAUGGCUUUGGUGUUCCUAAUCUGCCCCUAGACAUUUGCAUAAAUCAUCCAUCUCCCUUUGCUGGCUUAAAGUGCUAGUCACACUAUGUUAAUAAUAAAUCAGCUACAAGUCUUACAGUCAGUGGCGUAGCUAUGCGGUUAGUGCCGCCGAUGCGGCUCACGAUUUUGCCGCCGCUACCGUGGAAAAAAAAAAAAGUCUGCAGAUUGCCGAAAAUCUUACAAUGGCUACUUACUUCAUAAAAAGAAGGGGGAAAAAAGUACCGGCCGGGACGAACCGGCGCCCCCCCCCCUCUCUCAGCAUCCCCUUUUCCUACGCCACUGUAUACAGUUGACACAGCCCCAAAGCAAAUCGUAACAUAUAACUGUAGUUCUCAUUGACACAAUGCGUAGGUCAUUAUGUUACUGACACUUUGUUUAGUUCUGCUCAUUCCCCAUUAGGGAAGACAUUGAAUAAUUGAAGGGUCUAAAAUGCUGCUUGCUAUAAAGAAAGACAAAACAAGAACUCGACUGUACGAAAAGCUGGAAGUUAUUUUGUAUCAUCGGCAUCCGGGUCUGAGGUGACCUUUCGUUUUGCUUAACCUUGCAAAUUAGUAAACUCCAGUGCCAAGGUUAAUGAAAUACUACGUUUGAUAACCGCUUCCUUUAAACGAACCGCCCGCCUCCCCCUCUCCCCCCCCCAAACCCCCCAACCCCCCUGUUGUUUCAGGCUCACCCCGAGUGCAUUCAUUUGCAACGAACGUUUUACCGUCGUUGCACUCGGUUCAUUCAAUCAUCACGUCACCGACCGUUGUGUAAGACACAAGUCUUUUGUUCAGACACGGUUGGUGUCUCCAGCAGUGUCAACGCGGCUUACAACGGCCGAAUUAGUGUAAUGAAGAGGUCUCGAAGCGUUUGAGGGGAAUCGUCACUACACAGUAGGAAACAAGAACGUUGCAGUGGUGGACACUACAAUUAAUCAACGUUUUUAAAAAUGAAUUUAGAACAAUUUUUAGACGUCGAUAAUCAAUAGCCUGUAAGAGGAGCGAUGAAAGACCGGAUUCUAUUUAUAGAGCAUCAAUUAGCUGGCAACGAAUCAAUCCUACGGUAGAUAUUACUUAAUCCAGAAAAUAUAAAGUAGCAAUCGUGCAGUUGUUAUUAUAAUUAUUUUAAGUGGAUGUGUGUAUGCCCGGUAAUUAAUGCAGAGAUUUAACUGGAGCAGCCAGCAUCACGUGAUUACAGCACAAAGAUGUCUCCGUAAUAUACAAUUAUCAUUUCGCAUUAUCCAAGUUGUGUCAAUUUUACCAGUGUGGGGUUUUUGGAAACAUUGCAUCUCAGAAAUGUGCGCCAUGUGUGUGGACCAUGUGUGUGCACCAUGUGUGUGCACCAUGUGUGUGGACCAUGUGUUUGCACCAUGUGUGUGGACCAUGUGUGGGCGCCAUGUGUGUGCACCAUGUGUGUGCACCAUGUGUUUGCAACAUUCUUAUCUACAACGUCAGAGGCUUUUGCCUGUUUGUUUUAGUUACAGAAUGAAUUUCUCUACUUUGGUUUUAUUUUUAAAUCGGGUUUUUUUUCCUAUUCUAUUUGAUUAGUGAAAACAAAAAUACGACCUUAGUUAUGGAUUUUAAAUUAUAGCAAUUUAACCAGUGCCCCUUUUAAUACUACUUUGGUAUGUUCCCAAUCUCUAGGUUCCCGGUCGCAAUGGCGGCUCUAGACGAUUACAUUCUGAUCCUUCACUCACCAGACGCCUUGCAGUGGAGCAACUUCCUCUCCACCCGCCUGGCCACGCCCCAGUACGGCAUCACGAGCAUCUCCAAAGACCUACAGACUUUAACGACGGCGGCCUUUCCCAGCAGCGCCGCGCACAGUAACUACAACUCCGCCGGCAAACCGAACGCCGAAUCUGGCAAGGAUGCGGACAACAGAGACAGCGGCAGGUGCAGUCGCAACGCCAUCACCGAAAACUCCAGCAUCUCCGACUGCAUCAGCAACUGCAAGGCCGGCGUCGUGUUCAUCUCGCCGGACGUGUUCGAGGCCGACGGGCCGUUCCCGGUGGACGUGACGUCGUUGAACCCCAAAAGCUCGGUCUUCCUGCUCCUCGGCGUGGAGAUCGAGGAGACCAGGGCCUAUUUCCGGGACAAGAGCGACUUUGUCUUUAAGUGCUCCAUGUGCGUCAUAGACGGCUCGGAUAAGUCUAUCUGUGACGCAAUGUUAAGUAUUAUUCAAGCAUUCGAGAACCAAACUGGCUGUGAUGAAGACGGAGAUGAGAAGGAUAUUUAUCUCAUCCCCCCGUCACCGAAACAGCGGAAUGGCAUCGUCAAGGUGUUUCCUCGGGAAUUGUCAGAGGUAAAGUCUCAUGUUCUUACUUCCAGGCUUAUUUCAUCAGAGAUAAAGUCUCAUGUUCUUACUUCCAGGCUUAUUUCAUCAGAGGUAAAGUCUCAUGGUCUUACUUUCAGGCGUAUCUCAUCAGAGAUAGAAGUCUCAUGUUCUUACUUUCAUGCUUAUCUCAUCAGAGGUAAAGUCUCAUGUUCUUACUUUCAGGCGUAUCUCAUCAGAGAUAGAAGUCUCAUGUUCUUACUUUCAUGCUUAUCUCAUCAGAGAUAGAAGUCUCAUGUUCUUACUUUCAUGCUUAUCUCAUCAGAGGUAAAGUCUCAUGUUCUUACUUUCAUGCUUAUCUCAUCAGAGGUAAAGUCUCAUGUUCUUACUUUCAUGCUUAUCUCAUCAGAGAUAGAAGUCUCAUGUUCUUACUUUCAUGCUUAUCUCAUCAGAGGUAAAGUCUCAUGUUCUUACUUUCAUGCUUAUCUCAUCAGAGGUAAAGUCUCAUGUUCUUACUUUCAUGCUUAUCUCAUCAGAGGUAAAGUCUCAUGUUCUUACUUUCAUGCUUAUCUCAUCAGAGGUAGAAGUCUCAUGUUCUUACUUUCAGGGUUAUUUCAUCAGUUUUUGGGAGUUUUCCCAGGAUGACAAAGUCCCAUUUCUUUAACCUCAUUAACGUCUUUAUUUCAUUGAAGCCUGGUUUCUUUUCAUCGCUGUCUAUGUGUUAGAGACACAAGAGUUAUUUGGUCUCACCCACGCUGACGACAACAAUCUUCCGGGUUGUUUCAUAUAGAAUAUGUGUUGAUAUUAAAGGACUAAAUGGCAUCAGUGGGUGUGUGUGUUAGUGGGGUAUAUGGGCCAAGUGUGUUAGUGGGGUAUAUGGGCCAAGUGUGUGAGUGGGAUAUAUGAGCCAAGUGUUAGUGGGGUAUAUGAGCCAAGUGUGUAAGUAGGAUAUAUGUGCCAAGUGUGUUAGUGGGGUAUAUGAGCCAAGUGUGUUAGUGGGGGUAUAUGAGCCAAGUGUGUUAGUGGGGUAUAUGAGAAAUUCAUAACUUGUUAAACUACGCUUGACAUUUUGGUAAACUUGUUUUACAUCCAGAUAGAGGCCAGGACACCACACUGCCACUCGAUACUUUUAUGCAGAGUCAUGCGGUUUACUUUAGGUCUGAAACUUCUCUCUUCACCGACACUCGUGUUUACAAGUCAUCUUCUCACAUCACCGACACUCGUGUUUACAAGUCAUCUUCUCACAUCACCGACACUCGGGUUUACAAGUCAUCUUCUCACAUCACCGACACUCGGGUUUACAAGUCAUCUUCUCACAUCACCGACACUCGGGUUUACAAGUCAUCUUCUCACUUCACCGACACUCGGGUUUACAAGUCAUCUUCUCACUUCACCGACACUCGGGUUUACAAGUCAUCUUCACACUUCACCGACACUCGGGUUUACAAGUCAUCUUCUUAAUCCAUACAGAAUUACACAGAAAACUCAAAGUAUUUUCAAAUAAAUCAUCAACAAACAUAGAUACAGGUACAAUAUUAAGGCCCGUAUUUGAGACAAGCAAUUUGGGUGUUUUGUUGAAUAAUUUAUUGACUUGGUUCUUCGAUACCCAUGAUCAGUCGAUGUUUUAGCAUUUGGUGAUCGGUGGAUAUGUUAGUGUUUGGUGAUCGGUGGAUAUGUUAGUGUUUGGUGAUCGUUGGAUGUUUUAGCAUUUGGUGAUCGGUGGAUGUUUUAGCAUUUGUAAAAUUACAAGUUUGUUAAACAAUUUAUUUAGUUUGAAACUAUUGAAAAAAGUUAUUUGUUAGAGGUAUGAGGUUCUGUGAACCCAGAAAUUCAAGAGGUCCGUCGUGUAUUCAUCAUUUUGAGAACACUUUCUUUGCCGGCGUAGACUAUCUUUGUUCGGAGCAAACAAAUUCAUCCCUCUUUUUUUAGACCUCAAUUUACGCUGAGCGCGAUGCGAAGGCAUAAACAGAGGUUAAUGUAGGCUACCUUAAUCAACGUCCAGCACUUGCUACACUGCACUUAGCUUGGGGCUACACACCAAAGGACGAUACAAAUAGUAGACACACCGUUGCGAGUAGACACCAAUGGUGUUAGUAGACACACUAUUGCUAGCUUUUACUAUGUAGUGUUGGACGUGAUUCGCUGGUCCAACGAAAUGCGGUAUCGCUUAAAAGUUGUAUUUGUUAGCAUUGACCAGUUGUGGGCACUGGAAAAUAUGUUUAUUUAUUAUUUAUUUAUUAUUAAAAUUUAUUUAUUAUUUAUUUAUUAUUUAUUAAUUAUUUAUUAUUAAAAUGUAUUAUUUAUGUAUUAUUUAUUUAUUAUUUUUUAUUAUUUAUUUAUUAUUUAUUUAUUAUUUAUUUAUUAUUUAUUUAUUUAUUAUUUAUUUAUUUAUUUAUUAUUUAUUUAUUAUUUUGUUAUUUAUUUAUAAUGUAUAUAUUAUUUAUUUAUUUAUUAAUUAUUUAUUAAUUAUUUAUUAAUUAUUUAUUAAUUAUUUAUUAAUUAUUUAUUAAUUAUUUAUUAAUUAUUUAUUAAUUAUUUAUUAUUUAUUUAUUAUUUAUUUAUUAUUUACUUUUUUUUGGUGGUGUGGGUAAGUACUUAGUUUUGCUUAUUUUUUUGUGCUGCCCCAUUGUUGUAUUGAAGUUCUNACCGUUAAAUCUUUUGAUAAUGUUCUGCUGUUUUCCUGCAGUGUAGCCUCAGUAAGCCAUGCUAUUUUUUGGCUGUCUGGUGUUUUGAAACAACAGGUAGAGGGAUAUUUUCAAGUCGGGGUUACACAGUCAGACAUUGCGUAAUGCUGAUGCUCUAUUUUGACAUUGUUUUUGACAGGCCGUCUGUAUUUGUUGGUAUGACAACUAUGUCCUUCAUCCACAACGUGCCUAUGUCAUGACAUAAAACCCUGAACUAUGUCACCGACCUCAGCUAGUGGUUUUGGUGGGUCGUGCAAUCGAAUACUGAACUUGAUUUGUCUCAGAUGCGUGCUGUUUGUUAAUAAAUAUCCUAUGAUAUAAACGCCAGAGAUGAAAGUUUGAGUAAUUAUUGUUAUCGAGUAUAUGAAAUACGAGAUCAUUAAGUAAUCCAACAUGUUAUGAAGCUCAGUCAACCUCCCCCCUGCCCAAAGUCUCCCCCCUCACACAAAGCCUCCCCGAAGCCUUCCCCAAAGCCCCCCCCCAGCCUUCCCCAAGGCCCUCCACCCCACAAAGCUCCGCUCAGCUACUGUCUGGCUGGAGCUACCACAGGGCCGAGCUUAGCUGGUCCUACCGGUAGCUCUGUCUGGGUCCAGUUCUAAUAGUUGGUCCUACUGGUAGCUCUGCCUGGGUCCAGUUCUAAUAGUUGGUCCUACCGGUAGCGCUCCCACGGUUCAGUUAUUUUUGCAAAGGAUAGUCCUACAGUCCUACCAAAUAGAGUAAUUUAUGACCUGACCCAGCUCAGGAUUUGCCUAAAUGAGAUGAUUAAGAAAUAUCUUAUAGAUCCCCGAAUGUGUACAGAGCAAAUAGCCCGCCAUUUUCUUAGGAACGACAGCAUGCAAUAAAUAUUAGUCAAUAAAUGUAAGGCUUGGAAGGUUUCGCCAGUCUCUUUUCACCAUGUAGAGAGGUAUCACACCACUUGCCCCAUGUGUAGAAUGACAUUGGACCACUUGUCCCAUAUAUAGAGGGUGUAUGUUCCCAGGAACAAUGUACAGAGAUUAUAUAUCCCCAAGACCAAGGUAAAUAGGGUGUAUGUCAACAGACACUAUGUAUAGAGGAUUUAUGCCCACAUACACUAUGUAUAGAGGAUUUAUGCCCACAGACACUAUGCAUAGAGGAUUUAUGCCAAUAGACACUAUGUAUUGAGGAUUUAUGCCCACAGACUCUAUGUAUAGAGGAUUUAUGCCCACAGACACUAUAUAUUGAGGAUGUAUGUUCCCAGGCACCAUGUAUAGAGGGCGUAUGUUCGCAGCCCCCAUGAAUAGAGGCUGUAUGUUCCCAGGCACCAUAUAUAGAUGGUGUAUGUUCCCAGGCACCAUGUAUAGAGGGUGUAUGUUCCCAGGCACCAUGUAGAUGAGUAGUCAGAACAUCGGGAACCCCGUGUACCGAUGUACAUAAUGAACUUCUGUACCGGCGGAUAAAACCCACACACAUAAACAUAUACAAGUCAUAUAGACACAACGACACAAUUAAGAUGUUUGUCAAUGUUGUCAAUGUCACUUCAACAGAGCCAUCAGCAUGACCCACGCCCUUCCCUUCUGGCCUAUCUCAACAUUCUUGGCAAGUCAAACAUUCAAUUAAGCUGAGCAAACCGGGAAGUUUUUGUGUGGGAGGGAAUCAGGAGUUACGUGUGUGUGGUGGGGGUCAAGAGUUUGGUGUGGGAGUGGAUCAAGAGUUGUGUGUGAGAAUGGAUCAAGAGUUGGGUGUGGGAGAGGAUCAAGAGUUGUGUGUGAGAAUGGAUCAAGAGUUUGGUGUAGGAGUGGAUCAAGAGUUGUGUGUGAGAAUGGAUCAAGAGUUGGGUGUGGGAGAGGAUCAAGAGUUGUGUGUGAGAAUGGAUCAAGAGUUUGGUGUAGGAGUGGAUCAAGAGUUGUGUGUGAGAAUGGAUCAAGAGUUGGGUGUGGGAGAGGAUCAAGAGUUGUGUGUGAGAAUGGAUCAAGAGUUUGGUGUAGGAGUGGAUCAAGAGUUGUGUGUGAGAAUGGAGUGUGGGGGAGGAUGAAGAGUUGUGUGUGAGAGUGGUGCAAGAGUUGGGUGUGGGAGUGGGUAGAGAGUUGUGUGGGAGUGGAUCAAGAGUUGUGUGUGGGAGUGGAUCAAGAGUUUGGUGUGGGAGUGGAUCAAGAGUUGAGUGGGAGUGGAUCAAGAGUUGUGUGUGAGAGUGGAUCAAGAGUUGUGUGUGGGAGUGGAUCAAGAGUUGUGUGUGGGAGUGGAUCAAGAGUUUGGUGUGGGAGUGGAUCAAGAGUUGAGUGGGAGUGGAUCAAGAGUUGUGUGUGGGAGUGGAUCAAGAGUUGAGUGUGGCAGUGGAUCAAGAGUUGAGUGUGGCAGUGGAUGAAGAGUUGAGUGUGGCAGUGGAUGAAGAGUUGGAUGUGGGAAUGGAUGAAGAGUUGGGUGUGGGAGAGGAUCAAGAGUUUGGUGUGGGAGUGGAUCAAGAGUUGGGUGUGGGAGAGGAUCAAGAGUUGGAUGUGGGAAUGGAUCAAGAGUUUAGUGUGGGAGUGAAUCAAGAGUUUGGUGUGGGAGGGAAUCUAGAUUUGGGUGUGGGAGUGGAUCAAGAGUUUUGUGUGGGAGUAGAUCAAAAGUUUCGCGAGGUAUUGAGCUUAGAUCACUUGUUUCGAUAGACUGAAUUCAUGGCUUUGAAGUUUCCAUAAAGUUAGUGCAAAUCAUGUCGUGUUUAUAUUCGAUUUAUUUCCUAGUUUGUUUAGUCUAUGGCAGUGAAUAUGUGACAGUUUUACCAGCCACUCAUGUGAUUGUGUGACAGUUUUAUAAAAGUAAUAAAAUUGAAAAAAAAUUGUGUGUGUGUGUGGGGGGGGGGUGGGAUAUCUAGAAUUCUUAUGGCGAAUUAAUAAAUAUUUUGAACAGAUUUGCGCUACAUAUUGUAUGUGAAAAGACAUAGUCAUAAUGGAUAUCUACAUUAAUUCCGAUUAAUAUUAGUAAUACCGGCAAAUGUUACAGCGGUUAUGUGCCCUUCUACCCUCGCUACCCCGAUGAUGGAUGUGUGGACGUAAUGAACGGAUCGUCCAUCCAUUUCCGAACUUAAACAGAGAUGUUUGCACCUGAAAGGGGGUCAAAGAAUUUAGGACUUUGAUUAUUAAUUUUUUAUACAGGAGGAGAAGUUGAACUAGCUACCUUGACUGACAUCGCAGAAUGUUGAUGAAUUGGUUGCUUGGGGGGGGGGGGGGGGGGGGGUCAUUUAUUUCCCCUGGGUAUUUAAUUACGAGUCUCUUAGUGCACAUCUAACGACAUGACAUCCAUAACUAGGACUCUCUUAGUUCGCAUCUAAUAAGAUUAUUUCUAUAUCAACUUUUCAAAGUCAAUCAUACCAUUGGGUAUAUCCAAACUCAAAUUUAUUAUUUCAUUAUUCAACCACCAUUCACUAACCAACUAUCCGCCACCAACCAUCAUCCACCAACCAACCAUCCUCCACCAACCAACCAUCCUCCACCAACCAUCCUCUACCAACCAUCCUCCACAACCAACCAUCCUAAAUUAACCAUACUCCACCAACCAACCAUCCUCUACCAACCAUCCUCUACCAACCAUCAUCCACCAACCAUCCUAUACCAACCAUCCUACACCAACCAUCAUCCACCAACCAACCAUCCUCCACCAAACCAUCCUCAACCAACCAACCAUCCUUCACCAACCAACCAUCUUACACUACCACCAUCUACCAACCAACCAUCCUCCACCAACCAUCCAUCCUUCACCAACCAACCAUCCUCCACAACCAUCCUCCAACCAUCCUCCACCAACCAACCAUCCUUCACCAUCCAACCAUCCUCCACCAACCAACCAUCCUUCACCAGCCAACCAUCCCCCAAAACCACCCUCCAACCAAACACUACCACCCUCCACCAACCAACCAUCCUCCACCAACCAUCCACCCCCCACCAACCACCCACCCUCCACCUCCAUCCUCCAACCAUCCUCCACCAACCAACCAUCCUUCACCAUCCAACCAUCCUCCACCAACCAACCAUCCUUCACCAGCCAACCAUCCUCCAAAACCACCCUUCAACCAUCCUCCACCAACCAAACAUUCUUCACCAACCAAUCAUCCUCCACAACCUUCCUCCAACCAUCCUCCACCAACCAACCAUCAUCCACCAACCAACCAUCCUUCACCAGCCAACCAUCCUCCACAACCAUCCUCCACAACCAUCCUCCACAACCAUCCUCCUCCUGUCAUCAUGUUAUACCAUCAUGCCAUCACCAUCGCACCAAUCACCAGACAUUUCUGUUGUCCACGCUUUCAGGAAGACCGUGAGGUGUUCAUCCUACUCGAACGGCCAGCAGAGGACGAUGUUGUAGUCGUGCUGGACGCUGACAUAGAACAGGAGAUACCACUGAACACUGUCUCGGACAGGCUGUACAGCUUCCAAGUACCAGGUGAGUUGCCCCCCCCCCCUUUUUACGCCGAUAGCAAUUUCUUAUAAAGCUACCACCGUUUAUAUUCGCUACAUGUUGUGUCGAAAGAAUGGCGUGGUGUGCGGCUGUUCAGCAAGUUAGUUAAAGGACGUGUGGCGAGAAAUAACCAUUUGUUUUUAUGGUUUUUUUUAAGAAAGAGAGAGAGAGAAUAGUAGCCAAUGAAGUUGAUCCUCUUCACACAGGAAAAAAAAAGGGGGGGGGGUGUUUUGGGCGAGAAUUGCAAUGACCUAAAGGUCACCAGAUCGUGGACAAAGUUUGUGCAUUGUCCAUUGCAUAGCCCAUUACAUAUCCCAUUACAUAUCCCAUUGCAUAGUCCAUUACAUAGCCCAUUACACAGCCCACUACACACCCCAUUACACAGCCCACUACACAGCCCAUUACACAGCCCAUUUAUACAGCCCAUUACAUAACUCAUUACAUAUCCCAUUACAUAGUUCUUUAAACAGCGCAUUACACAGCACAUUACGUAGUCCAUUGCUUAGCCCAUUCUCGCCAUGGCGAAAAAAAGAUUUUUCGUAUGAAAUUAGUAAAUGUCUCACUUGUAGCCAUGUUGACAUACCGUCAACCAGAAACUCCAAGUUUUUACUUGGUUAAGACUUUAAGAACGUUUGCUGACCCGAGUUAAGGAGAAGUUAAACGUACAAGUGUUUACAGCAGCUUGCAAUAUGCGUGUACGUUGUACAUCGUAGAAAAGUGUUUAUAGUAGCCAUCGGUGACUUCAUAAAGUUACACAAUUAUGGAAUGGCUUCAACAUGGAGCAAUGACACGCCGCUCAACAUUUGACCCCCGAACACGUCAGGUCCAUCAAUCAACCCCGAGGUGUGGUGCUCCGCCUGACGUCAUGCGGCCUGUGACUAUUCUGUCAAUGUCACUGCCGCUGACCAGUGGUCAUUACGGUGUGGGAGGGAUUGGUCUAUUCACAGGGGACAGCCGUUACGUCCAGCCGCCUCCUUGGACGGGUCACGAUGAAUUAGGUCACAUGGUGACGUGCAAGGUCUUAUUACUGGGACAGAACUUUGCCUCAGAUGGGAAACUAUACAAUCGUGUCAAAGCUUUCAGUGCGUUCUAGCGCCCAACCACAUUCUAACAAUAUUUUUUUUAUCUAAUUUGUCGUGGUGCUGAGUGUUAGCGAAAAUGACACGUUUGUUCAACUACCCAAUGUCCUGAACUUGCGCUGAUAGUGUGUACGGAAGUCUGCACCGUCACCUGACAAGUCAUGCUAUUCUAAAUUCACGGCCGAAGUCCUCAAAAUAUUCUGUUCGAAACUUCGAAAAGUUAUUGAAAUUUUCUCCGGACGUCGAACACAGCAGCAAAUGAAAUUCAUGUCUAGAAUAGCAAAAUGUCAGUGAACAGCUCGAAAAGUUCUCAGUAAUGAACAAUAUUAUUUGUGACGCCCGGAAUAUGGUGGGGAAUCCCCUUUUCAAUGAAAGAAUUGUAUUGACGUGUGCAUGGUUUGUCUGCAUGAAACGUGUACACCUCGUAGGAGCCCCGGUAUGUGAACACAUAGGAGCCCCGGUAUGUGAACACAUAGGAGCCCCGGUAUGUGAACAAAUAGGAGCCCGGUAUGUGAACACAUAGGAGCCCCGGUAUGUGGAUACGUCUACUUCAGCCGCAGCAUGACCUUGCUUUGCUCGUAAACUCGGUUCAGCUGCUGGAGCAGUGGUUCUCAACCUUUCUAAAGCCGCGACCCUUUAAUAGUGUUCCUCGUGUUGUGGUGACCCCCAACCACAAAAUUAUUUUCGUUGAUACUUUAUAACGGUAGAAUAUAUGUGUUUUCAGAUGGUCUUAGGCGACCCCUAUGAAAGGGUCGUGCGACCCCCAAAGGGGUCGCGACCCACAGGUUGAGAACCGCUGAGCUAGAGCAAAAACGCAGUAAUUGAAAAAUUACACUUGUGACCCUAGCCUGCAAUUCUUUCUUUUUGUUGUCUGGAACCUUCUGUGGCACAGAUGUCGAGCGAGGGCCAAUGUUCCGCUUUUAUUUAGGUAGUCCUUACAAAAACCAGGAUGUGAUAGGGAUUCCCCCCCCCCCCCACGUAGGUGCAUUCAACGGAUGCUGAAAUGGGGUGGGGGCGCUGGAGGGGGGGUGCGUGCAUGGCGUAGAAUGAAGUGUAAAUAGCCUGUCCGGGUUUGGUUGGCGAUGUUGGGAUUCGUCUUAUCAAUAUCAUGUAUUAGCAGAUCGAACAACAAUGUGAAGGCUUACUAUGGGAGGGUGGCCGAGUGUGGUGAAUAUAUUUCUCACAUGUUUGUUCAUCGCCAGCACGCAGACACUUUGUCGUGAGAAAUGAUGAAGAAAAAUUCAUCAUUAGUAUGCCAGGUUGUGUCCACCUGGUCCUAGUUCAAGUCCUUUUAAAACCUGUCUUUGUUUAUUACCUCCCACCCCCAAACCCUCCUUUUUCACAUUCGUGUCUUCUUGACUAAAACUGACCCCGUGGAAUCCCAGAUUUUGUAAAGUACUUCUUUUUAUAUACAUGUAUUGACAAAAGAGUCAUAAUAACAAUACAUAUAUAUAUAUAAUGCGGUUAACUAAAAUAUUUUAUGUGUAAAACAUGUAAAUGUAAACCACGACUCUAGCCAUGGUCUAAGGUCUAAUGUCAUGAAAACAUGGGAUCUCCCUCUGGUACGACAAGUGACAAGGAGAUGUGACAGUUCCCUUGGUGUUUCAAACAAAGAUGUCACUAUGGAGUGCCCCCCCCACCCCACUUUCCACAUCUCAUUUGUCGUGAUUUAUUUCCCAUGUUUCAUGUCCAGUCCAAUAUUUGUUUUGACAUCCUCUUGUUACACAUAACGAGGCCCACGGUUGGACUCUCUCUAGUGCGUAACUUGUGGGAGGACCAAUUAAAAAUGAAAUGUUGGUGCCGUCUACGAAUGACUAUCGACAUCACACUCUGGCAAUGCUGUUUGUGAUAGACAGGUUCAGAUUUUCUUCCGUUCAAAGUUGUCAUACAUGGACCGAAAUAAUUUGUCCAGGCUUUCAAAUCUGAAUGCUGUAUGGUAACGCUGUUUAUAUUGGUGAGAUUUGUUGGUGGUGUUGUUGUGGAUAUUGUUGGUUGCUGUGGUUGCUGGUGGUGGUGGUUGUGGUGUUAUUGUGAUUGUUGCUGUGGUUGUUCUUGUUGGUGUUGUUGUGGUUGUUCUUGUUGUUGUGGUGGUGGUGUUAUGGUUGCUGUUGUGGUCAACUGUAGGAAAACUAUUUUGACCAAAACUCAAAAUAAGACACAUUUUUACAACAUAAAUAAUGAAUUGUUAAUGUGUGUGUGUUUGUGUGUGCAUGUGUCUGUGUAUGUCUGUGCAUGUGUUUAUGUGUUUGUGUGUGUGCUGUGUGUUGGUUUAAGCACGCUUUCCUUCCUCUCGUUAAGUGUCCAGUCAACAGAUGGUCAAGCUAGUGAGUUAGCAUGUCUAACGCGUAGACAACACAAGACUUUUUUAUCUACAUGUUGUUACAACCCGAGACCUGGGAUUUUGGCUUGAUGAGGGAGCGCUUGCUAAUUAGUCUUUGAGCUUUUACUUCUAUUGUGUGUAAGCGUGUGUUCUAUUGUGUGUUCGUGUGUUCUAUUGUGUGUAAGCUUGUCUUUGUUGUGUUUGUUUCACUUUGUUUCAUUAACACAUUGAACACCUUGAAAAAGACUGAACCUGAAUGACAAGUGUUUUCUUAACAUUAUGCGAUCAGAAAGUAAUGUACGGGAACAGGUCGUUAGUUCGGACACUGGACGCGUGCCGCCAUCUUUGUGCGUAAAUGAAAGGAGCAAAACCCACGCAGAGAAUGGCGACAGGAAUAAAGCAGCAGGGGAGCGCAGAAAUGGAUACCGUGAAACAACAGAGAUAAAUUGUGAGAGAAAAAAAACCACAAGGUUAUGUCCUUUUAUUUAUUUUGAAGAAAAAGCAUGAGGUGGCCAGCAAAUGUGACCCGACCGCCUCACCCUACCCUACCCCACCCCCGCCUCGGGGCCGCACCGUGAAACUAGGUCAGUUUAAAACACAAGUAAGGCACUUUCAGAGUUUAUUAUAGCAUGACAUAAAGGGUGAGACGGGGGUGGGGGGGUGGGGACACUUUGGGCGUUUUGUCCUGGGUGCCAUUCAAUCAAGGUACUCCGUCCACUGCGUUAAUGAUUCAAAAACAAAAAAAAAAAAGUAAACCUGAGGAUUUGUUAACUGGUUGAUUGAAUGGCCCGCCGGGGGGGGGGGAUGGAGGACUGUUAUAAUUACACUUUCACCUAUGGCCUGAGUUGAUGACGUGCUGGUAGGUAAAAAAUGUCAUACAAUAAAAUACUUUUUUAAAAAAUGCUCUCUGAAGGGUAAGACUGGCAAUGACGGGUUCUUUAAACAGUGCACUGGUCCGGUUAACGUGUCGGUUCAGCAGACCGAAGCAGCACUGUCCGGUUAACGUGUCGGUUCAGCAGACCGAAGCAGCCUGUUCCAAGUCUGGCAAGCCGUUGGUCCUAGGGUGGGAGAUCCCCACCUUUCGAUGAAUGCGUUGAUCGAUUUUUUCAUUGGUCGGCUUCGUGAAACUCGUACGGUCACACCUCGUUGACCAGCAGCCGCCGAUAGGUGAACACGUGUACAGCAGUCAAAGCGGAGACUUUAUGGACUAAUAAAGUUAUUUAAGUUUUGUUUUUAAACAUAUUUAAACACAUAAAAAUCCUUGAACGUAGUAGGGGAAUAUAUAUGACUUGUGAACACUAAAUAUCAAAAUAUAUGGAUCGCUUCAUUUAUUAAUUUUGAAAUAAGCACAGAGCAGUGGCUCUCGGAGUUUGUCCCUAAGAUUCCGGGGACUCUUAAUUCAUAUUUAACCAGUACUCAUCCUUAGAAGGACUGUACUCAUUUUUUUCUUCAGAACUUAUGAUACAGACAGAAGACUCGAAAUGACCUCGACUAAUGAAGCAAGACAGAUGACAUGAACUGACCACGAUUAAUGAAGCAAGACAGAUGACUUGAACUGACCACGAUUAAUGAAGCAAGACGUAAGACUCGAACUGACCAUGACUAAUGAAACAAGACAGAAGACUCGAACUGACCAUGGCUAAUGAAACAAGACAGAAGACGUCCAGACAGACAGUUUAUGACACUGGGCAUGUGAGACUGGCAUGUAAACAACUGCCGAGCAGACAUUUUGAGGUAUAUCUUUAGGGCUGUACGUUCCUUUGCAGAAAACAAAGGUCAAAAGUGGAGGUGGGGGGGGGGGUAUACUGCGGUUUGCACGGGCAAAUGUGGGUCAUACCGGUGUGCCAGGCGCGGGACGUGUGCAGAAUUUGUCUUGUCACCGUUGCAGGUCUUAAACUGCGUCUCUUCGCGUGUCUCAUCACAGCAGUGAGACGGCAUUCGUUUUAACGUCUUGUUUAUUACCAGCGGUGUUCCCAAUGACCGUGUCAGUUCUAAACAAAAACAAAAAAAACAAAAAAAAGACUUAGAGAAAUUAAAGAAAUGUUCACAAGGAUUUCAACCCAGCAGUUGACCUACUACAAGAUCGCAUAGCAACAGCAACAACAACAAAUAGUAAUAUUUUCCCAUGGAUUUCUUUAGACAUCUCCAGCCAAAUAAUGACCAUGUAUAGCAUACCUUGUCUACCCAACGUCAAUGCACGACAUGAGGUCCAUAUAAGGCUAACGUCCCUCAACCAAAAACCUCGCAUGAGGUGCUUAUGCCCAGGGGCCCCCAACCUGAACUCUGGUUUGAAAUGUUGAUACCUUUCCACACACAAAAAUGACUCCGGAACUCCAAAUGACACCCCCUCUUCCACCACGCCACGCUUAACGCCGCCGCACCACCACCCCCCACCCCCUUUUUUUUGUCCACGUUCAAAAACAAAACAAAUGAUAAUGAUCUUGUCCAAACUUUUGAUCCCCAUGGUGGGAGUGUUGGACAAUCGCUGGCCGGUAUUCACUUCCUCUCAAGUGACAAUAACAAAGUGAUAGGCAAUGCUUGGAAUGGGGUCUUGUUGUUUUAUUGACUUACCGUAAAUUUAGAAGAAAAAAAAAAUAAUACAAUCUGGUUCUAGCCACCAGGAAGUUCCUUUCUGUUUUCCCUCUCCAUAGCCAACAAUUUACUUCCUGUUUUGAUUUGAUUAGUUCCGGUUAGUUUGUUUUUCUUUUGAACAUUUACAUCCUUUGUAAGUAACUAAAGCCAUGGUCACCUGGUCCAUUAGCUGACCUGUCUGCAUACACAGUAAUGUCUCAUAUCCUUUUUUACAUACAUACAUACACACAUGCAUCCAUCCAUGCCUUCGUCCAUCCUUCUCCUUCUAUCAAGGGUGAAUUCAAAACUCUAUAUUCAACUGGUUGCGGGGUGCAUGGAGUACAUUAUGGAGCAACAGCCGGAUGGCGUGUUUAAUUAUUAACAGGGGUUCUCAACGAGUAGAAGGUACGAUAAAAGAUAUCCUUCCAUUAAAACCGAAUCUGUUCAUUUCCUUUCAAUUGAUUUACUCUAUCUUCAUGAAAUUUCCUUUCUCUACAUACAAUCUCCUUCGUUUACCAUACAAUCUCCUUUCUCUACAAUACAAUCUCCUUUCUCUACCAUACAAUCUCCUUUCUCUACCAUACAAUCUCCUUUCUCUACCAUACAGUCUCCUUUCUCUACCAUACAAUCUCCUUUCUCUACCAUACAAUGUCCUUCCUCACCCACACAAUCUCCUUCCUCAACCACACAAUCUCCUUCCUCAACCACACAAUCUCCUCCAACAAACACACAAUCUCCUCCCUCAACCACACAAUCUCCUCCCUCAACCACACAAUAUCCUUCCUCACCCACACAAUCCCCUCCCUCAACCACACAAUGUCCUUCCUCACCCACACAAUCUCCUUCCUCAACCACACAAUCUCCUUCCUCAACCACACAAUGUCCUUCCUCACCCACACAAUCUCCUUCCUCAACCACACAAUGUCCUUCCUCAACCACACAAUCUCUUUCCUCUACGCGACACACACUAAUUUACAUUUCUAGACACUCCAAUGACUAACAGUGUCAGUGGCGCCAAACAUUGUGACCUCCGUUAGUGAGAAUGUUUUAACAAUCAUCAUAUUCACAGUUUUGAGGUCUCCACUGACGACUCAUUAUUUCAACACACGUAGAACACAAUGAAUGGAGAUUGAAUUGAUCGAUCGGUUCGUCCGUUCACCUACUUGGAAAAAGUCAAUCAGGAAGCCCCACAUUUCGCUACCUCUCAAGUGGCUCGAACAGUCAUUCCUAUAUGGGUCUCCGCCUUUCGACAUACGGUUGAAGUUCGUCUCUAUUCAAUGACGGAAUUGUCGACAUUUACACAUUUAUAACAAAUUUACCCUUUUUUUUCUUCUUGUUUUGGGCCUACAUUGAUAUAAACCUUAAAACAUAUGUGAUUUACAUUUAAUUAACCAUCCGGAACCAUGUACUGGUCGUCUGCCAAAUGUCUCCAAAAAUAACAAGAUCAAGAGAGAAAAAAAUGGGUAUACACGUUUGAAGGAAUCAACAAAACGUGUAGGUUGAACUUCCUUGUUCCUUGUAAUCUGGAUCCUUUUUUUAAUCUUCCUCGUCUGGUCCAGGUUUAAAUAAGCGCUUUACGUAGGUGUGACCCUUUUCUUACGUCUCUCGUUUAAGUAGGGGCAGAGCCAGAGCGCCUGUGAGGACGAUGCCUGGCGUCCAUCAGUCAUGAGAGUUCAUUGGACAUUUUUUUUUUUAAAAGUGGGGUGGGAGCAUCCAAUAAUCAUUAAUGACGCAUUUCUUUUGGUGUUUACUGAGCUGAAUCGAGUGUAAGAUUGGGUUAAUAAUGAUAAUGAUGGUUGUAUGAUCGAAUCUGAAACAUCGAAUCAAACUAAAAAUAUUGUUAGAAUAAUUGAAUGCCCCGUGACUCUUACAUGUAAAUAAGUUUGGUUCUGCUAUAACAUGUCAUUUUGCCGCGUCACCCCUCCCCCACCCCUUCUCCCAGCCUUUCUCCCACCCCCUCUCCCACCACCAUCCUCUCCCACAACCCCCUCCUAAAAACAGAAGAAUCAAAGAAAAAAAAAUUCAAAGGAAGAAGAAAAACUAACACUGCGGGGAUUCCCUUGUCUUGACGCUCAGUUGUCAGUGGCACUGCACAGGACUCCACCUUGUCUUGACGCUCAGUUGUCAGUGGCACUGCACAGGACUCCAUCUUGUCUUGACGCUCAGUUGUCAGAGACAUUGCACAGGACUCCAUCUUGUCUUGAUGCUCAGUUGUCAGUGGCAUUGCACAGGACUCCAUCUUGUCUUGAUGCUCAGUUGUCAGUGGCAUUGCACAGGACUCCAUCUUGUCUUGAUGCUCAGUUGUCAGUGGCACUGCACAGAACUCCAUCUUGUCUUGAUGCUCAGUUGUCAGAGACAUUGCACAUGACUCCAUCCAUUGACUUGGCGACAAUGUUUCAUGUUGACAGGCCUAUAAAUCUGUCCGCUUGACACUAUAACAGUUUAACUAGUAAACAACUUUUACGCUCUAUGCGAUGACAUGGACAGAACAUAUGAAGCAAUUCAAUGGUAAACCAAAUAAAAAUGCUCUGUUAAGGGUCUGUGUAGCAAUCGGUCUCUAAUGGCCGAAAGCUGCUGUCUCUCGGGUGUGAACGAGUUGUUGACACUAAGGACAAAGUGCAUCAUUUGUUACCCCUUACCUGUAGGACUAUCGAGAGUAGGUGUCUGGUUUGGGGGGGGGGGGGGGGGGGGGCAAUGCCUGUUAUUUCGGUAAACAUGUCAAAAAAAAUAAGGAUGUAUCAUUAAAAGAAAACUUAAGUAAGUGCAUCUCGGGCCAACUGCCUGGACCGUAGAGUUAAAUGUGACCUAGAUCGCUCUCUGAAUCACUAUAGUUGUGGGCUACAUGUGACCUAGAUCGCUCUCUGAAUCACUAUAGUUGUGGGCUACAGACUCCGUGAUCGUUCAAUCGCAGUUUUAGCUUUUUUUAUAUAUAUAAAAAAAUAUUUACUAAGUAUAAAGUUGUUUACAUGAUAAAAUGUAAAAUCCUGUAUACUUAAUUCUGCAGAUCAUAUUUACAUUCAAUGUGAUGCUAAAACCAUCUCUAUGGCAGAGACACACACAAAAAUAACUGUAAUGUAAUUCUGAGUUUCAAAUCGAAAGUUAAAACUUUCAAUCGCCUGAUCUAUCAAAACACUAACAGGCUAUGAAUCAUACAGACACUCUUGACCUCCUGAAUUUACUCACAGCCUGCAAGUCAAACCUUGAUUUUUUUUAUUUUUUUUUCAAGGAAACGAGUGUGCGAGAAGUAUAUUUUUAUCGGAUACAUUGAAUCUAUUUUUUUUUUUAAAUCAGUUUCUUCUUCGUCCAUAUCUUAAAGGCCCACGAUCAAUGCAUUGACCAUUCUGACUCCUAUUUAUGAAGAGGGGUUUCGCGAUGUUUAUGUUUUGACAAAGUUGAUGACUUUGUGUUUAAAAAGUGUUCUUUUAUUCUCACCAGAUGAUAUCAGUGGUCCAGUCAAGUUCAGAAUCGAGUGCAAGGCAAACUGUUUUGGGGAAGAGACGGUGAUGGUGUACACCAAGAUCGGUCAGCUCGGCGCCCUGCUCACACAUCUGACAGAUCCCCUCACCCUGCUGACAUCAGCUCUCAACCUGAGGCCCGAUGACAUCGGUGGACUGGACACGACCCUGGCAUUUAAACUCCAACAGCUGGCGCCAGCUUCGACGUUUAAGUUGAUGUUCCCCUGUGAGGACGCCCUGAACAGUACGACGCCGGGUGAGUAAUGCAUGAGCUCAUUAUGAUUAAUACAAGGAUCUCCAGGUCGGCUUCUGAACGAGAGCAAAAUAUGCACGCAGUCAACUCAUUGUUCUACUAGAUAGGUUGAUUUGUCAGGGUCUUUCACACGUUGUAAUGCGUCGUACUAGUAUUGAACGAACUCAAGGCCUUUAUCACCAAUACUUUAAUGCCUAAUUGUAUAAUAAUAAUAAUAAAGUUCAUUACAAAAACACGCUUCAUCCCCAAAGGCUCGAAACGCGGUACAAAGUCAACAAAAAACAAAUCUAUAAUUUACCACAUUUAAAACAAACGCAACACUACAAAAACUAAUUACAAGCAUACAAUCUCAAAGUCUUUCUAACCAUUUCAACCCUAAGCAACACAGCCAUUAUGCAUUAACUGGAAAAUAAGGUAGACAAUCAUCCCACAAGGUGUUUGCUAAAUAGAUGUGUCUUUAAAUCGGUUUUAAAGGACUCCAGUGUCUGGUUAUUUCUGAGAUCGACAGGAAGGGCGUUCCAAAUUGUUGGACCAGCAAAUGCGAAAGUGCGCUUUCCGUAAGUCUCAAGGCGAACACGUGGUGUCGAGAGUUUGCCACUUUAAUUUGCAUAAAGCGCAGCUCGCUAUACAGACAGAAAUAAAAACGCAUUCUACUUCCACAAGUUCCAUUCACGACUGCCAGACGAAUAAAACGUGCGUCACAAUUCAGACUGGACAAUGCGUCACAAGGGAGCAUAACAAUACGUCACCAAGUCAAGCGCGGGAAGAGCGUUCACUAACUAAUUAAAACUCUCUAACACACCGCGCGUAAGGAAACACAAUAUUCAUUCGCAACAAUUAUUAAUGAACUCCCAUACACGACACAGGCGAGAAUUUCAUUCGUAACUUUCUCAAAGAUCAGCAUCAACAUACUACUUAUCGUCCGGUGACAUUUCUUUGGGAAUGCUUAUUUUAAACAAUUUUUUUUAUUUAAAAGCUAAAACAGAAGAUGUUUCAAAUUUUUUUUUUUUUUAAAAUGUCUCUUUUCAUCUUUCAGACGAAACUUCCAAAAUGAAGUAUCCCAGCCUGCUUCACUUUGCGGCAGAUUUGAACCUGCGAGCUUUCUGUUCGGAGCUCCUGCACUACCCUGGCAUGCUGGGUGCAGCCUGCACUGAAAACGUGGACGGCCUGUUCCCGUGUCAGAUAGCGGCCAGGAAAGGCUACACCAACCUGGAACAAGACCUCAUCCACUUUGUCGAGCAACAUAAAGGUAUGCAAUAACCUCCAAACCCCCAGUAUGAAUGUUGACCUUAUCAUCCAAUACUCCCGCUGUCUGCCUGGCAUAAUGAAAAUCUAUAAGCAUUGAGACGGGCUUUUCUAACUUGUCUUCGCAUAGUGGUCAACAUUAUUUUGGCCUCGAUCAUCGCUGAAUGUUGAAUAGAUGAUGGGUGACAUUGAUGAUCGUUAAAUUGAUGAUUGUUAAAUGUAAGAUUAACACUAUUUGAAACCGACAACUUUUGAUGAGUAAGUUGAUAUCAAUGAUGGUCCCCUCUAUCUUGUAAUUUCAUAAGUUGACCUACACGGUCGCCCCUCUCUAUCUUGUAGAACGGCACUGAUCAUUGAUGUGGUAGAAGGAAAAUUUCUAAAAAUAGACCGGUGACAUCAUUUGGGAUAAAAUGACGUUGUUCAUUUUGGAAUCCUUGGAUACGACUUUCUCUGUAACUAAUGGAUUGACUAACAUCGUGCUAUGGACUUCUCUGUGUUAGUUUGAGGCAUGUAAAAAAAAUCACUUUGUGCGUAAUGCACUAUGAAGUACUUAAACCCUUUGUGCGUAAUGCACUAUGAAGUACUUAAACCCUUUGUGCGUAAUGUACUAUGAAGUACUUAAACCCUUUGUGCGUAAUGCACUAUGAAGUACUUAAACCCUUUGUGCGCAAUGCACUAUGAAGUACUUAAACCCUUUGUGCGCAAUGCACUAUGAAGUACUUAAACCCUUUGUGCGUAAUGCACUAUGAAAUACUUAAACCCUUUGUGCGUAAUGCACUAUGAAGUACUUGAAACCAUUUACUCAAAUACUGUGAAUUAAGUAGGCUGUUAAUUUAAGAUUAGUCAAUAUGCAGAUUACAAAUCUAGAUACACAUAACCGAGUAUUUUAUCAAGAAAUUGCUUGAAUACAUUUUUCUAACUUUCUCCCGCUAAGCCAGGCUUAGGCCACGCUUCAUUGCCUGAAUUACAUGAAAUGGGCAAGGCUUCCAGAUUCUUCACUGGACCCCAGUCCCCCAACCCCUUUAUCCCGCCUAAAACUAUUGCUUAUCCAUUGUGAUCAUAGUCAAGAAACUAUUGCUUAUCCACUGUGAUCAUAGCCAAGACAAUGCUUGAUCUGCUUGGUAUUUGGUGAAUUUAAUCAUUAUCUCCAUUGACUAGCUUUUCGCAUUCUUAUAGCAUCAAUACUAAAACCUUGUCCAGAACAUGGUACUCUGGGAAGUACUCUCAUAUAUUAUAUGCAUCAAAAUAACCCACUAACUUGUUUGUUUUGGUGUUUGUUUGUUUACCCCCCCCCCCUUAAAAAAACCAUAAAAAAAACAAAAACAGGUAUGUGCGAUGAGAGUUUGUACGUGCCCCCUGAACCCAUCCUACCUGUGCCGGCCACCAAGCCUAAACACCACAGCACGAGGUCACCGGGCUACUACAAUCAGCCAGCCGUGGCCGUGACAAGCGACUACGUGCCCAUGGCGAAUCUUAACAUCUUCAAGCGUACAUUGUUAGGUUUGUGCUCGCCUCGCGCAGUCUUGUUUUGUUUGUUGGUUGUGUUUGCUCGUGUCUACCACUUCAUCUAACCGGAACUAUAAUUAUUCAUAAGAUCUUUCAGUAAGAAAAUAAUCACAAAUUAAAAAUGCCGUAGUAUAUCAAUUCCCUGUAUCUAUUAGUUUAAAGUUUCAUUUAACUUAAUUGAACGAGACCCAAAUGUUUAUGUUCAUCUUAAGCUCAGACUCUGUUUCAAUCAUAUUCACGUAUUUCUCAUGGGGAAAAAAAAAUACUGAACAUUUAGAAGCACCUGUGUAUUAUAUGUGUGUGGCGUCCGGCAGUGAUCUGCAAUUGAAGAGGGGGGGAAAAUGCGAAUGUUGCAAGGGAAGCUAUUACAAAAAUAUAAUACGGGAACUGUGCUUUUCAUGGUUUUGUCCCUUUGCUUACUUCAGACCGCUUGCUCCGUAAACACCGUGCCAGAUCUGACACAUCGUUGGGGAGCAAGAAAUUAAACUCACAACUUAAGAGUGAGUUUAUUGGGUUGGGUUUUUAUUAUUCCCUACAUUUUUUUUUAUUUGUUUAAAUUAUUUAUAACUGCAUGUAAAAAUUAUUCCCAUUUUCCCUCCUUUUUUUUUUUUAGGUUAAAAUUUUAGUAAAGUUUUUGAUAACAAUUUCUUUGUCAAAUUUAUGGACAUUUUAAAAAACCGAACCUCCAGUUAAGACUCGGUAUUUCAGUUUAGGGUUAUAUUACUUUAUUCGAACAUUAAAAUAUUUUCAUUAUACAUAAUUUAUUCGGGUUUUGAAUAUGGCCUUUAUUGCAUUUCUAGUUUUUUUUUUUUUUUUUUUUUUUUUUUUUUUUUUUUUUUUUUUUUAUUUUUUUUUUUUUUUUUUUUUUUUUUUUUUUUUUUUUUUUUUUUUUUUUUUUUUUAUUUUUUUUUUUUGUUGUUUUUUUUUUUUUUUUUUUUUUUUUUUUUUUUUUUUUUUUUUUUUUUUUUUUUUUUUUUUUUUUUUUUUUUUUUUUUUUUUUUUUUUUUUUUUUUUUUAAUUAAAUUAUCUGUUGUAAUUGUUUUGUUGUUUUUUUUUCCUUUAAGUUCGAUAUUUUAAAUUUCUUUGGUGCAUGGGUUUGUUUUGUUUUGUUUUUUUAUAUCAUCCACGCAUAAUGCAUGUUAAUGUACAUUAAUAUUUCUAUUACUAUACAAAUAAGUUAUUGUAAUAGGUUAUUUAACAAUAAUUUUCUUCCAUAGAAUCUAAUUCCAAAUAUUUAAGUCCUAUACCGAGUUAGGGAUGACGUUCGUUUAAAAAAUUGUUCAACACAAUUGUUAUUUAUUAUUAUUAUUAUAUUUAUAUAAUACAUGUCUCUAAUUUUGCGCCAUUUAUUCAAUCAAUUAAUUGGUAUGCUAUUAUUUUAGAAUAAAACUAAAAUGGAUGCAGCUUUUAAAAAUAUGCUCCAAUUCAAAGCAAUCUCACGUAAUAAUGAAAAUUUUAAACAUCUAAUAACUUUUUUUUUAAUUUUUAAUAUGAAUUAAUGAAUAAAUAAAUGGGCCUAAAAACGUUUUAAUCACCGGAUGAAAGUAAACAUUUAAAAUCUUGUUUCCUAAAACAGAUCAACAAUCCAUGAAGUCAGACUCAGAGCUUAUGUCCCCACAGUCAGACUACAGUGAUAGUGUGUUUGGCAGCAGCAAUUCCUACACAAAUAUUUCUGAUUUAGACGUUAGAUCUCCAGCAUUGGUGAGUUAAGGUUAAUUUAAUCCAGAAAUGCAAUUAAUGGACACAAGACCAACAAAAUUUGAUGUGUUUUUCAUAGAUAGUUUAAGUUGUAAGUUGAAAUGAAAGCUAAACAUUUCAAGUAGAGAUGAACUGUGUCUCACAUUUUUCCUAACACUCAUGCUUCUAUUUCUCCACCUUAAGCCAUCUGACUCAAGCCAGCAUGCCCAUGAAACUCAAGUCCCAACUGAAACAGGAAGUCCUGUUCUCGGGAAGGCGUGCAAAGUUUUGGGAGUCCGCCAGGAGGACAUCGUGGCCAGCUCUCAGACACUAUCUGGCAAUGCCCUCAAGAACUUGCAAGAUUGGUAAGUGAAAAAUUACUGAAAUUGUGUACUAUCAAUGUCAUAUUAUGUCACACUUAGACUUAAAUAACUUGCACAAAGACAUACACAACAAACACAUAAACAUAUAGGCCUACAAAGACCAACACAUGACAUAAACAUAAACAUACACAGACAUAGAAAUACACAAAGACAUACACAUGACAGACUAGUAAAAUGCUUACUUCAUGCUUUGACUCUUUUUUUUCACAAUUCACACUCAUCUCUUAUCACAUCUCACAUCUCUUCUCAUAUUUCAUCUCAUAUCUCGUCUCACAUCUCAUCUCAUUUCUCUCCCACGCUCUGUCAUUCACUGUCAGUUGUCUUUCUCUAUCUUGAAGUGGAGUGAAUCUCUCUCUAUAUAUAUUUUAUAGUUUUACAAUAAAAUUAUUGUUAAAUAUGUUUUAUUAUUACCACCAACAAAAUAACACUGUUAAAGAUGACUUGAGUGGUCUGUGUGUGUGAAGUUUCUUGGCAGACAAAUCUGUAGCAAUGAAGCAUAUGAGCCACUGCAUAGAUAGCAGUGCUUGUACAAAUGUAACUGCCUCCAUUGCUCAAGGUAUAUCGGUACCUCUGAUGGACCCAGAAAAACAUUGUUGCUUCUAAACAUAAUGAAGUCAAUAAAUACAUAAUAAAAUGAUCAAUCUGAAUGAAAUAAGAACCAACAAUAACUAAAAUAUUUGUUUGCUUUGGACAUUGUCAGGUCAGCAUCUGCCCCCGGCCGUAUCCCCAUAGAACACUUCGGCCCUGUGUCCAGUCAAACAGCUGCAUUUGAUUACAAGCAGGAUUCACCGAGGCGGACCUCAGUAAGCAGCAACUGUGAUGAUCCAAAUUAUUACAUUUCUCAUGUGAGUACCAGCAAAGUACUACAUUAGCAUGUGUCGUGAUUCAAAUGCCUACUUGACGUCACUUUCAUUUAAAUACUAGAUAUUCUAACACAAAACUUUUACAGUCAUCUCUUAUCUCCCUAGAUAUUCUAACACAAAACUUAUACAGAUAUCUCUUAUCUCCCUAGAUAUUCUAACACAAAACUUAUGCAGUCAUCUCUUAUCUCCCUAGAUAUUCUAACACAACACUUAUACAGAUAUCUCUUAUCUCCCUAGAUAUUCUAACACAACACUUAUACAUAUAUCUCGUAUCCCCCUAGAUAUUCUAACACAACACGUCUACAGUCGUCUCUUAUCUCCCUAGAUAUUCUAACACAACACGUAUACAGUCGUCUCUUAUCUCCCUAGAUAUUCUAACACAAUGCUUAUACAUUCAUUUCUUCUGUCCCCAGAACUCUGAUACAAAGAACCGUGCAGCUGUAAAGAACAAAAUUUUGUCAUUCUUCGGCAAAGUUAGAAUGAAGAAAUCAUUCAGUGAAGACGAUGGCAGCACGCCCACUCUCAAGAAAUCCAACAGCAAUAGAAGCACAAAAAGUUCUCGAAGUGCAACUGAAUCUGUUUCUGGAGGUUCCAGGAGUAAGUAUCUUGAUAGACAUUGUGUGUGUGUAUUUUAUAUGAUCCAAUUGAAAGUCCGAGGGUUGAAGAUGGGUGAGUUGCUAAUAGUAGGCCAUAAUAGAAGUCAAUUGUAUAAAUGAGAAGGCAAUUGUAUGUGUUGGCAAUGGUAUGUGAUGGCAAAGGUAUGAGAUAGCGAUGGUAUGAGAUGGCAAUGCUAUGAGAUGGUGAUGGUAUGAGAUGGUGAUGGUAUAAGAUGGCAAUGGUAUGUGUCGACAAUGCUAUGUGAUGACAAUAGUAUGUGAUGGCAAUGGUAUGUUAUGGCAAUGGUAUGUGAUGACAAUAGUAUGUGAUGGCAGUGGUAGGACACAGAAAUGGUAUGUUUUGGCAGUGGUAUGUGAUGACAAUUGUAUGCUUUGAUAACGGUUUGUGAUGUGAAUGAUAGGAGACAGCAGUGGUAUGAGACAGCAGUGGUAUGAGACAGCAAUGGUAUGACAUGGCAACCAUACUUAUUUUCUUUCUCUAAACCUAUUCAUUCAAUGUACUUAUCUGAGUUGUUCUCGUGCUUCACCAGAGAAGAAAAUGAUCAGUGGCGACUCCCCGGAGAGAGACAGCGGCAGCUACAGUGAUGAAGAGAAGCCGUCACCACAGACCACCAAGAAAAGCAAAGCUAGGGUCUUCAAGGAGAGAGACAGACCAAUGGUAAGAGUUGUAUCAUUUAGCUGUGUGUGUGUGUCAGUCUGAGAAAUUGUAUCUGUUUUAAAUUUUAAGGAAUGAAGUAAUCGAAUGAAGUCUACAACCAUUUUUAUUUAUUAACUCCUCCUCCGACAAAGUUGUUUACAUUUGUCUUUUGUCAUUUUUAAUUAUCAUAUAGUUUGCAUGUUUAACGUUUAUGGCUUUUGAGUACGGCUGUCAAGCUUUCAAGACAAAUAGUUUUAAUCUUCAUUAAAUGUUUUUAAGAUACGCUGCCAGCAUUUUUUCAACAAGUCUUGUUAAUUUUAUUUUUUUAUUUUUUUUUAUUUUUUUAAAUAUUUUUCUAUUUUAAUAUUCACAUAUUUGAAAUACUAGAAAUGAACUUGACGUUAAAGCUACUCCCAUUUAAUAUUCGGUUUUCCCUCACUCUGUUGUCCCCACAGGAGCGUACGUUGUCAAAACGUGCACAGAACGCACUCAGUGAAAAGGUGGACAACGCCCCCAACCUACCCAAAACAGACAGAAGAAAGGGUCACUUCAAAAGCUUCAUAGAAACGGACAGCAAGUUCUAACCUAGAAAUGGGCAGCAAGUUCUAAGGAUAAAUUGAGUUCCAUGCGUUUGCGUUCACUUGGGCUCGUAGACAACAUUGGGGUGUGGGGGGGGGGGUCAUCUCUUGCCUAUAAAUAGACAAAGAUGAGACAUGCCCACUUCUACAGCCAAGCACGGAUAACAUUUCCAGCCAAUGAGUGCAUAGGAUAUUAUACUGUGACCUUUGAACCGUUUUCAGCCGGAAGAGAGCAAACAGCCUUGUGUGUGUGGCCGAGUUACUUGCUUUUUAAGUAAUUUACAUUUUUUACCAGCAAAGCUAGAGCAUUAAAUCCUUACUCUCGUGUUACUGGAUGUGUUUUCAUAGUUUGACCAACAAGAGCCUAACUCGCUGUAGUUUGACCAACAAGAGCCUUACUCGCUGUAGUUUGACCAACAAGAGCCUAACUCGCUGUAGUUUGACCAACAAGAGCCUAACUCGCUGUAGUUUGACCAACAAGAGCCUAACUCGCUGUAGUUUGACCAACAAGAGCCUAACUCGCUGUGCGUGUCACUGUAAUGAAAAUAUUUAGCUGGUAUGUACGGCGGUGUACACGUUGCCUUGAAUACCCAAAUGUUGGUACUGGUACUGAAGAACAGCAAACGAUAAAUGCUCUUGUAAAGGGCUUACCAUUUCAAAAGACGUAUCUUGCUUCUUGUCACUGGUGCCUAUGAUAUAAAUAACCAAGUUCCCCAAGUAUUAUGAGGAUGUCGAGUGACUAUGACUUUUUUAAAUUCUAUUCUAGAAGUAUUAAACACUAGAAACAAUUGCGUGCAUGAAGUGCAAUCAGAAGUGCAAUCAUGUGAC